AUGGCCGCCUCCGAUGGCGCUUCCUCUAUUUCCGUCACGGUUCGAGUUCGACCUUUCACCAUCCGAGAGGCCGCUCAAAUCUCCAAGUGCGACGAUGGCCCGCUCUUCCUGGGCGAUGGGUCGCUGGCCGGCAAGCCAGCCCCGAAGCUUAACCAGAAGGGGAUUCGAUCCAUUGUCAAGGUCAUUGACGACCGUUGCCUAGUAUUCGACCCUCCCGAAGACAACCCCGUCCAGAAGUUCUCGAGGAGCGUGAUUCCAAAUGGCAAACGCGUCAAGGAUCAAACAUUCGCUUUCGAUCGGAUCUUCGACCAAAAUGCCUCCCAAGGCGAGGUGUACGAGUCGACUACUCGCAGCCUUCUCGACAGCGUUCUCGACGGUUACAAUGCGACUGUUUUCGCCUAUGGUGCAACGGGGUGCGGAAAGACCCAUACCAUCACCGGUACAGCUCAACAACCGGGUAUCAUCUUUCUUACGAUGCAGGAGCUGUUUGAGCGGAUCGACGAGAGAUCGGCUGAAAAAUCUACUGAGGUCUCGCUUUCCUACCUGGAAAUCUACAACGAAACUAUUCGUGACUUGCUUGUCCCCGGCGGCAGCAAGGGCGGUCUCAUGCUCCGAGAGGACACCAAUCAGUCUGUCUCGGUGGCUGGUCUGUCAAGUCACCACCCGCAAAAUGUUGAGCAAGUCAUGGAUAUGAUCAUGCGAGGCAACGAGUGCCGCACCAUGUCCCCAACCGAAGCAAAUGCAACCUCCUCCCGAUCCCACGCUGUCCUUCAAAUCAAUAUCGCCCAGAAAGAUCGGAAUGCCGACGUUAAUGAACCUCACACGAUGGCAACCUUGAGCAUUAUCGAUCUUGCCGGUAGCGAGCGAGCCAGCGCGACAAAGAACCGAGGCGAGCGGCUAUUCGAGGGUGCCAACAUCAACAAGUCUCUGUUGGCAUUGGGAAGCUGCAUCAACGCCCUCUGCGACCCUCGGAAGCGCAACCAUAUUCCCUACCGUAACUCCAAGCUCACCCGGCUGCUGAAGUUUGCCCUUGGCGGAAACUGCAAGACUGUCAUGAUUGUCUGUGUCAGUCCAUCCAGUCAACACUUCGACGAGACCCAGAACACUCUCCGAUAUGCGAACCGAGCAAAGAAUAUUCAGACCAAGGUUACUCGCAACGUAUUCAAUGUCAACCGUCACGUCAAAGACUUCUUGGUUAAGAUUGACGAGCAAAUGAAUCUGAUCAACGAACUCAAGGCCCAGCAGAAGGAUUCUGAGAAUAUCGCCUUUGCCAAGUUCAAGAAGCAAACCGAGAAGAAGGAUGCCGUUGUACGCGAAGGUGUCGCUCGCAUUCGCAAUGCCUAUGAGCACACGCUGCCCGAAAGACAGGAUAAGACUAAUAACAUGCUCAAGCUGAGACAAAUUAGUCGCCGGAUUGGCAUUUUGUCCUCCUGGAUCGCCGCUUUCGACAACGUAUUGGCCUCGCGCGAUGAUGAGGAGGGCCUGGCGAGUCUGUGGGCGAUCCGCAAGACGGCUCAGGGCAUUCUUCUCGAACUCGAAGGCAGCAGACACCAUUACAACCAACGAUUAUCGAAGAGCACUUGGGACCGCGCCGUGAACUCAGCGGUCGAGAACGCAAUCAAGCAGCUCCAGGAAUUCGACAUUAGUGAUAAUAGCGACUACGCCAAUCUGAACAGGGAGGCCGACCUUCUUCGAUCGAAUGCGGAGCGUGAAGCUCUGGCUGCAGUGGUAGAUCAAGACAAGGCUGGAGAAGCCGCAGCCGUUCAAUUGUUGUUGCAAGCUCAGUUCGAGAUGAUGGCCUCGAUGGAGGACAUUAUGCAGCUCAAUGCUUCCGAGGCUAUUCAGAAGGGACGUGUCAUGAUUACAAAGAUGCUGGACAACUGCUCAGACACGGCAUCCAAUCUCGUUAAGCCGGACGGUAGUUUGCCUGCACUUCCCACUCUGCAGAGCCCGGUCAAGGCAGCCAGUCCUCCCAAGCCAAAGAAGCGAUUCAGCAUGGUCAGCAUGCCACCGCCACGGACGAGUCUCACUCCUGCUGUCCAAUUUACCCCAGUGGCUCCUCCAUCUCCCACGAAAGCCUCGCCCCGUCGUCGCAAGGUUGCUGCAGGCCGGAAAAGCGUGAGCUUUACACCCAAGAAGAGCCAGGCCAAGGCCGCCAAGAGAUCUGUCCGCUGGAAGGAUGACGAGGACGACGGUCCUCUGACCGAGUUCCAAAAGACACCUCAAAAGGCUGCUGAGUCUGUCGAUUCUAAUGACGAGGCCAGCUCUGAAGAGCCUACGUUGCCUCGGGCAUCAUCUCCCAUUCCUCGAAACAUCCCACGGGUAGUCAGUCCAUCCGGCGCCAUCUCUCCAGCGCCGGUCCCAGCCGAGUCGACUCUAAAUGUCCAGAAGAACAACAGCCGGUUCAAGGCUGGCUUCCUGUCCAAGAGAGUCGGUAGCUCCCCUCUGGCGCCACCGCCCACGACCAGCCUCCCGCUUUCUGAUAGCGAAAAUUCUCCCCUUCGCGACAUAGAGGGCAGCAGCUUUUUGAACCGUGCUUCGACAGAGCGGCCAUCCCGAAUUGCAGUCCGCAGCCCGAGCGGAAACUUUUCUAGUAGCCCGGUGUCCGAUAGCAAGUCCGAGAACAAAGGCAACUGGAAGGAUGACAAAGAGGAGGCGAUCAAGAUCAAUUCCGCUAUGCGCCGCAUCUCUAGUGGCCAAUUUGGCCCAGCUUCCGGCGGUGGCUCCCUCCGUGUCCACCGGCGCCGCAGCCCUAGCUCCAACACCUACGGCAGCCCCCCCAGCGACGGCAACAUGUUCACCGCAUCUCAGGCCCGGCGCAUGGUCAAGAGCGAGAAGGAGCUCGAUGCUAAGCCUCGCGUGCUGAGCCCUCAUACUCUGCCUGUGAUGAAGAAUACCGCGCGGCGGACAACUCUGGGCGGCGAUAUCCGGCCUCGUCAUUCCAGUCUUUCCACUCGGGAUGCCAUGCGCCUCAGCGCGAUGGCCACGCCCAUUGUUGACCGCAACUUGCGGUAG